UCCCUUUGUUCACUUGCUCCCCUCUCCCUCUCUCUCUACAAUUCACAGCAACAAAAAAAAAACUACGAUUUUUGUUUCCCUGUUGGCUUUGUAGUUAUCUGUUUGGGCUCAUCCAUAUUUUACUCCGGGAUCUCAUUUUCGGGUUUUGAAUAGAGACAAAAGCUAAAAGCUUCCUCCGGUUUUGUCUUCUGGGGUUGAAUAAAGACAAGAAGAGAUCAGUUUUUUGUUUCACUCAUUCUUUUUGUAGUGAAACGGGAAGAGAGAAAGAAAGAAUGCCGAUUAGGCCAAUGAAAGAGACCUCAGAGACUCACUUACUCAUCAAACCCAAGCCUCUUCCCAAACCCGCCGUGCAAAACGCUAAACUCCCUCCUACUCCUCCGACGGUGGCUGCUCCUCAGGGCCAAGCUUCUUCACCUUCUCCUCCGUCCAAGAACCGUAGCCGGAGGAGAAACCGCGGUGGUCGAAAAUCAGACCAAGGAGAUGUCUGUAUGAGACCUAGCUCCCGUCCUCGUAAACCGCCGCCGCCUCAGAACGCUCCCGUCGUCUCAGGCGGCAGCGAGAUCGUGGCCGUGAACAACCAUCAGAUGCAAAUGGGUGUUCGUGGUGGUGGGUCGAGUAAAAACUCAAACUUUGCGCCGAGACCUGGGUUCGGACAGCUUGGAACUAAAUGCAUCGUCAAAGCUAACCAUUUCCUCGCUGACUUACCCACCAAAGAUCUGAAUCACUAUGAUGUAACAAUAACUCCAGAAGUGUCGUCAAAAAGUGUAAACAGAGCUAUCAUUGCUGAGUUAGUGAGACUCUACAAAGAGUCUGAUCUCGGGACGAGACUUCCUGCUUACGACGGUCGGAAGAGUCUUUACACGGCAGGAGAACUUCCUUUCACUUGGAAAGAGUUCACUGUUAAGAUCUUCGAUGAAGACGACGGUAUCAUCAAUGGCCCUAGAAAGGAGAGAUCGUAUAAGGUGGCUAUCAAGUUUGUUGCAAGGGCCAAUAUGCAUCACUUAGGCGAGUUCCUAGCUGGUAAACGCGCGGACGGACCGCAAGAGGCGUUGCAGAUUCUCGACAUUGUACUCAGGGAGUUGUCUGUCAAGAGGUUCUGUCCUGUGGGAAGAUCUUUCUUUUCGCCUGAUAUUAGAACACCGCAGCGUCUUGGUGAAGGGUUACAGUCAUGGUGUGGGUUUUACCAGAGUAUUAGACCUACUCAAAUGGGUUUAUCUCUUAACAUCGACAUGGCUUCAGCUGCAUUCAUCGAGCCUCUUCCUGUGAUAGAGUUUGUAGCACAGCUUCUUGGGAAAGAUGUCUUGUCAAAGCCAUUGUCUGACUCUGAUCGUAUCAAGAUCAAGAAGGGUCUCAGGGGAGUGAAAGUAGAGGUCACUCAUAGAGCAAACGUGAGAAGGAAAUACCGCGUUGCCGGUUUAACAACUCAACCAACAAGAGAGCUCAUGUUUCCUGUCGAUGAGAACUCUACAAUGAAGUCGGUUAUUGAGUAUUUUCAAGAGAUGUAUGGGUUCACCAUACAGCACACCCAUUUGCCGUGUCUUCAAGUUGGAAACCAGAAGAAGGCUAGCUAUUUGCCUAUGGAGGCAUGCAAAAUAGUGGAGGGACAGCGGUACACAAAAAGGUUGAACGAGAAGCAGAUAACUGCUCUUUUGAAAGUUACAUGCCAGAGGCCAAGGGACAGAGAAAACGACAUUUUGAAGACGGUCCAACACAACGCGUAUGAUCAAGAUCCAUAUGCUAAGGAGUUUGGUAUCAAUAUAAGCGAGAAGUUAGCUUCUGUUGAAGCUAGGAUCCUUCCUGCUCCAUGGCUUAAGUAUCACGAGAAUGGGAAAGAAAGGGAUUGCCUUCCGCAAGUGGGUCAAUGGAAUAUGAUGAACAAGAAAAUGAUCAAUGGGAUGACGGUGAGCAGAUGGGCCUGCGUUAACUUCUCACGUAGCGUUCAAGAGAAUGUUGCUCGCGGGUUUUGUAAUGAACUUGGUCAGAUGUGUGAAGUCUCUGGCAUGGAGUUUAAUCCGGAACCUGUGAUACCAAUAUACAGCGCGAGGCCUGAUCAAGUGGAGAAAGCUCUAAAGCAUGUUUAUCACACUGCUAUGAACAAAACCAAAGGCAAAGAGUUAGAGCUUCUGUUGGCCAUUUUACCUGAUAACAACGGUUCUCUUUACGGGGAUCUUAAGAGAAUCUGUGAAACGGAGCUUGGUUUGAUAUCUCAGUGUUGUCUCACAAAACAUGUGUUCAAGAUUAGCAAACAGUAUCUGGCUAAUGUAUCCCUUAAAAUCAAUGUCAAGAUGGGAGGAAGGAACACAGUUCUGUUAGAUGCCAUAAGCUGUAGGAUUCCACUGGUUAGCGAUAUACCGACAAUUAUAUUUGGCGCAGACGUGACUCACCCUGAGAACGGGGAAGAGUCCAGCCCUUCUAUCGCUGCUGUUGUUGCUUCACAGGACUGGCCUGAAGUCACAAAAUAUGCUGGUUUGGUUUGUGCACAAGCUCACAGGCAAGAACUUAUACAAGAUUUGUAUAAAACAUGGCAGGAUCCUGUACGUGGCACUGUUAGUGGCGGUAUGAUCAGGGACCUUCUGAUCUCAUUCAGAAAAGCAACAGGGCAGAAACCGCUUCGGAUCAUCUUUUACCGUGAUGGAGUAAGCGAAGGACAGUUCUACCAAGUUUUACUCUACGAGUUGGAUGCAAUUCGCAAGGCUUGUGCGUCGCUUGAACCGAAUUAUCAGCCACCUGUGACAUUCAUAGUAGUACAGAAGAGGCACCACACCCGUUUGUUUGCUAAUAAUCACCGCGACAAAAGCAGUACUGACCGAAGCGGAAACAUCUUACCAGGUACGGUAGUUGACACUAAGAUAUGUCAUCCAACUGAAUUCGACUUCUACCUUUGUAGCCACGCUGGUAUACAGGGAACAAGCAGGCCUGCUCAUUACCAUGUUCUUUGGGAUGAGAACAAUUUCACAGCGGAUGGUAUACAGUCUCUGACUAAUAAUCUCUGCUAUACUUAUGCCCGAUGCACCCGAUCCGUCUCCGUUGUUCCUCCGGCGUAUUAUGCGCAUCUUGCAGCAUUCCGAGCACGUUUCUACAUGGAACCGGAGAUCAUGCAAGAUAACGGAUCGCCGGGGAAAAAGAGCACGAAGACAACUACUAACGGAGAUCAUGGCGUUGGUGUGAAGCCGUUACCGGCAUUGAAGGAGAAUGUGAAGAGAGUCAUGUUCUACUGCUAAAUGAAAAAACGUUUUUUUAAGACUGUUUCGUUUGUUACUGUUCUUAGUUCGGCCUUAGGUUUGCUACUGUUUGUAAAUAUGUUUGGUUCGGCUUAGGUUUCUUUAUUUCUAGAGUUGUGUGUUUUAGAUCAGGUUUCGAUGAUAACGUUAAUGCAAUAUGUUUUCUUAAA